AUGGCUAAGCUGUCAUCCCUGCUAGAGAACACCUCCCACCCCAUGAGUGACAUCCUGACUGCACUGGAAAGCUCCUUCUGCGACAGGCUGCUCCACACAAAGUGCGUGAAGGAGCGAUACUGCAGGUCCUUCCUUCUUGCUGCUGUUCCGCAGAAGCACCCUCUUCUGAGAAACUGUCCGGCUCUUUACUACAGUACCCUCUCCCCCUCCAGUGAUGUGUCCUUGCAUUACAAAUAUGGCCGUUUGGUUCUGGAAGUCCCGUUGCCUUCCAGGACCGAGAAGUGUCUGUUCUUCCUGAGACCCAUGUUGAAUUGUGGAGACCUGAUCGCUGAUCUGCAGAGAGAGGAUCCUGGAGUCACUGCGGUUGUGCUCACUAAGGAUGGUGAGCGUGUUGCCAACACCACACUGAUGGAUGCUCUGCUUGACAAGGACUUCCAGAUCAUCAUCAAUGACGUGGCGUAUAAUGUUCACUCACUUGACAGGGUGUGCACAUCUAGUGAGCAUGCCGUGGACAUGGAGGGCAUGAAGCAUGUGGUGCAUCUGCUCCACACUGCGCUCCACCUGCCUGAACACCAGCUGCUGAAGGAGCGGCAGCUGCUGGAGAAACUCGACAACCUGAAACAACAGCUGUCUCCCCUGGAGAAGAUGAAGGCUCAGCUGUCCAGAACAGCAGAGUUCCACACUUCCAGGGUUCUGUGGACUGGCUUGGCCCUGUUGUCGGUGCAGGGUGGCGCUCUGGCCUGGCUCACAUGGUGGGUCUAUUCCUGGGACGUCAUGGAGCCCGUCACUUACUUCAUCACCUACAGCACCAGCAUGGGAGCCUUUGCUUAUUAUGUCCUCACCAAACAGGAUUAUGUCUAUCCAGAUGCCAAAGACAGACAGUUCCUGCAUUACUUUUACAAAGGAGCCAGCAAGAAGAAUUUCAAUAUAAACAGAUACAAUGAACUGAAGGAAGAACUGGCACAGGUGGAAGAGGACCUGAGACGCCUCAGAGAUCCAACGCAGCUUCAGCUACCACUGGAACAGAUCCAGCUAAAGCCAUGACAAGAUGCCACUCAAAUGCUAAACCAGAGCAAACCACUUUGAUAACAGCACAUUUUUAACAAAAAAACUUGUCAGCUAGUUCUACUUUUAAGAAAAGCAUGAAUACUAAGAUGACUAAAAUAA